CCGGUGCGUGCUCGUCUUCCGUCCGUCGCGUGCAUGCAUAGGCCUCUUUACGACUCGGCAGGCAAAGAUGGCGGACGCACAAACCGAGAGGGCUUAUCAAAAGCAGCCCACCAUCUUCCAGAACAAGAAGCGUGUUCUGGCCACAGAUGGUGGAAAGGAGGCCAAGGAGAAGCUACCCCGCUACCACAAAAGUGUCGGGCUGGGCUUCAAAACCCCAAGAGAGGCUAUUGACGGCACUUACAUUGACAAGAAAUGCCCCUUCACUGGAAAUGUGUCCAUCCGUGGCCGUAUCCUCUCUGGCGUGGUGACCAAAAUGAAGAUGCAGAGGACCAUCGUUAUCAGACGUGACUAUCUGCAUUACAUCCGCAAGUACAACCGUUUUGAGAAGAGGCACAAGAACCUCUCUGUUCACCUGUCACCUUGUUUCAGAGAUGUUUCAGUUGGAGACAUUGUGACCGUCGGAGAGUGCAGGCCCCUCAGCAAGACCGUGAGAUUCAAUGUCCUUAAAGUGACAAAGGCUGCUGGAGCCAAGAAGCAGUUCCAGAAAUUUUAGACUAUGAACAGGAAGGCUGCUGUUUGCUGACUUGUCUCAUUGUCAAAUAAAGAAAACCUUGUUUAAA